UGCACAAUUUAAAAUGUUACAAUCAAUGUCGCGUUUAAAUGACAUCAUCUAAGCAAUCCCAUUGGAUGAAUUCCUCUGCAGUGACUGAGUUUAUUAAUGGAGCCAUCUGUCGGCCAUUUUAAAGUUUCAUCCAACGGGGAUUCGUGUUAGUGGUCGCAGAGUUCAAUGUAGCGUGAACGCAAUUUAUUGCAGUCAUUGUUUGUUCGUUAAUAAGAGAUGUUGGAUGUGUUGUUCGUAGUUUUGUGACUUCUUCAGAAAGAGAAAGAGAGAGAGAGAGAGAAAGGAAAGAGAUAGAGAUCGAAAAUCAAGACUGAAGAAAGAGAUUUGAUUUAAUAUUAACGAAUAGUCGAUAGACAGAAAUUCUAAAUUACAUCUCGUGCGUUAGAUUCUUGAAGAUAGUCAUACCUAUUAACAUCAAGAAAUAUCCAAGGAAAGAUCAGUGAAAGAUUAAAUGUAUCGAUAUGGAAAAUCAAACUAUGGAUCAAUUUUGCGGAUCCAAAUUUUGGGAUGCUAAUUUAACAUGGAACACGGAUGAUCCAGAUCUGACAGAAUGUUUUCAAAAAAGUGUAUUAAUAUGGGUACCAUGCUUGUUUCUUUGGAUCUUCUCUGCUAUGGAAGUUUAUUAUCUGUUAAAUAGUAGAAGAAAAAAUAUCCCAUACACAUGGUUAUAUAUUUCUAAGCAAGUACUUACUGCGGCAUUAAUUGUGCUUACAGUUGUUGAUUUAGGAAAAGCAAUAUACAAUAUUCCUUAUGAGACUGUAUACAAUGUAGAUUAUGUUACCCCCGUUAUAAAAAUAGUUAGUUUUGUUUUAGCAGGAACUUUACUAUUCUACAAUAAAAAGUAUGGAAUGCGUACAUCAGGAUUACUAUUUCUAUUUUGGUUUUUCCUUGUAUUAUGCGGUAUUGUGCAAUUCAGAAGUUUAUUAAUACGAUAUUCAAACGAAGAACUGACGUACCUGUUUGUAUCAUAUAUGAUCUAUUACAGUUUAGUAAUGUCAAUGUUCCUAUUAAAUUUCUUUGUUGAUGCAGAGCCUAAAUAUUCGGAAUAUCCAUUGGUGGAAAGACCAUGUCCAGAACAAAAUUCAUCAUUUCCAUCGAGACUUACUUUCGCAUGGUUCGAUGCUCUUGCAUGGAAAGGUUUUAAAAAACCUUUAGAAGCUAAUGAUUUAUGGUCUAUGAAUCCUGAAGAUACCGCUACUGAGAUAGUUCCAAAAUUUGCUACAUAUUGGAAUAAAAUCCCUAGAAAAGAAGAUAAUGUACAAAAUGCAAAAGCGUCAUUUAGAAAAUCAUCUGGUCAAGUUAAUUUUGAUAAUACUUCCAAGAAGAAAGUUUCUUCUAUUUUACCACCACUUUGUAAAGCUUUUGGUGCAACUUUUAUAUUUGGUGCGGUACUUAAACUUGUACAAGAUAUCAUGAGUUUUAUUAGCCCGCAACUAUUAAAAUUACUUAUUAGGUUUGUAAGUGGUGGUGAACCAUUGUGGAAGGGCUACUUUUACGCAAUUUUACUCUUAAUUACAGCUACGCUACAAACCUUAGUGUUAUCGCAAUAUUUUCAUCGUAUGUUUUUAGUUGGAUUACGUAUACGUACUGCACUGAUAACAGCUAUUUAUAGAAAAGCAAUGAGAAUGUCAAAUUCUGCCAGAAAAGAAUCAACACUUGGUGAAAUAGUUAAUUUAAUGUCUGUCGAUGCACAGAGGUUUAUGGAUUUGACAGCAUAUAUAAAUAUGAUUUGGUCAGCACCAUUACAAAUUGUUUUAGCGUUGUCCUUUUUAUGGGAAAAAUUAGGCCCAGCUGUGCUUGCUGGAUUAGCUGUUAUGAUUGUACUUAUUCCUAUAAAUGCAUUGAUUGCGAAUAAAGUUAAAACAUUACAAAUUCGGCAAAUGAAGGACAAAGAUGACAGAGUUAAAUUAAUGAAUGAAGUACUUAAUGGAAUAAAAGUGUUGAAGUUAUAUGCUUGGGAACCAUCUUUUGAAGAACAAAUAUUGCACAUUAGAAAGAAGGAAAUACAAGUGUUAAAAGAAGCAGCAUAUCUUAAUGCGGGAACAAGUUUUAUUUGGUCUUGUGCGCCAUUUUUGGUUUCAUUAGUGUCUUUUGCUACAUAUGUACUUAUAGAUGAAAAGAAUGUCUUAGACAGUGAGACUGCAUUUGUUUCACUAAGUUUAUUCAAUAUUUUAAGAUUCCCUCUUUCUAUGUUACCUAUGAUGAUAGGUAAUAUAGUUCAGGCUUAUGUUUCCAUUAAACGUAUUAAUAAGUUCAUGAACACAGAAGAACUUGAUCCUAAUAAUGUACAACAUGAUCCAUCUGAAUUACAUCCAUUAAUCAUUGAGAAUGGUAGCUUUACUUGGGACAUGGAAAAUAACGAUAAACCAAUUUUAAAAAAUAUCAAUAUGACUAUAGAACAAGGCCAAUUAGUAGCGGUAGUUGGAUCAGUCGGUUCUGGAAAGAGUUCUUUGAUAUCAGCUUUUCUUGGAGAAAUGGACAAAUUAAAUGGUCGUGUUAAUACAAAAGGUUCUGUUGCGUAUGUUUCUCAACAAGCCUGGAUACAAAAUGCAACUUUGCAAGAUAACGUUUUGUUUGGAAAACCUUUAAACAAAGCCUUAUACAAUCGAGUUAUAGAUGCAUGUAUGUUGGGUCCAGAUCUUGAAAUGUUACCUGCAGGAGAUCAAACAGAAAUUGGUGAAAAGGGUAUCAAUUUGUCUGGUGGUCAAAAACAAAGAGUCGCUUUAGCCAGAGCAGUGUAUAAUGAAUCGGAUAUAUAUUUCUUGGAUGAUCCCUUAAGUGCAGUAGAUUCUCAUGUGGGAAAACAUAUAUUUGAAAAUGUGGUAGGCCCUGGCGGUCUGUUGAAGAAAAAGACAAGGGUACACAUUACGCAUGAUAUUGUUUACCUACCGGAAGUUGACAAUAUCUUUGUUCUUAAAGAUGGUGAAAUAACAGAAAGUGGGACAUACAAACAGCUUAUGGACAAAAGGGGUGCCUUCGCUGAAUUUCUAAUGCAACAUUUACAAGAAGUGCACACUGAUGAUGGUUCGGAUGCAGAUUUAAAUGAAAUUAAGCAGCAAUUGGAAUCAAAAAUGGGUACUCAAGAAUUGCAAGAAAAAUUAACUCGUGCUAUAUCAAGAAUUUCAGAAAGCCAAAGUGAAUCGGGAUCUAUAACUGAUAGAAGAUCAUUAAAUGGUUCUCUCAAGAGGCAAUAUUCUACAGAAAGUCAACAGUCUGUAAACUUAUUAUCUGGGAAAAAUAUAAAAGAUAAAGCUGCAUUACAACCGAAGAAAGGUGAAAAAUUAAUUGAAAUAGAGAAGGCUGAAACUGGCAGUGUCAAGUGGAAAGUGUAUUCGCAUUAUUUUAAAUCUAUCGGAUGGUUCCUAUCUAUAUCAACGAUAAUUAUGAAUGCUGUCUUCCAAUCGUUUAGUAUUGGAUCAAACGUUUGGCUGAGUAAGUGGUCAGAUGAUAAUAUGACUUUAGUGAAUGGUACAGUUGUAAAUGAAGAAUCAAGACGAGACAUGUAUCUUGGAGUAUAUGGAGCUCUUGGUUUUGGGCAAGCGACUUUUGUGAUGCUUGCACAGCUGACGUUGGUUAUUGGCAGUUUAAAAAGCAGUAAAUUGCUGCAUUCAGAAUUGUUAUUUGGCAUACUGCGAUCACCUGUCGGAUUCUUUGAUACUACUCCAUCUGGCAGAAUAUUAAAUCGUUUUGGAAAGGACAUUGAUAUAUUAGACAACGUUUUGCCACCAAAUAUUAAGGCCUGGUUCUUUUGUCUAAUGUCGUUGUCACCAAUCGUUGUAGGCCUGACAGUACUUGGAAUGGCGUUUUUCGUGGCAAAGGGGAUGGUAAUCGCUUCCACGUCUCUCUUCCAAAAAACAAUGCGCCAUGUUCUUCACAACCCGAUGUCGUUCUUUGACCAAACACCAACUGGUCGCAUUCUUAGUCGACUCGGUAAAGACAUCGAUGUUGUUGACAAUAUUCUACCAGCCAUACUGCCGAUGGCGAGUUUUUUCUGCGAUUUGGCACCUCAGCUGGGUUGCUGGCUGGCUGCUCGCCAGAUGCAUAUAAUGAUGCUGCGUGCUGUGAUGCGUGCUCCAUUGACCUUCUUUGAUACAACACCUACUGGUCGUAUUAUCUCCAGGUUUGCUAAAGAUGUGGACAUACUGGAUACAUCUCUUCCUCCACAAAUUUCUGAUAGCAUCUAUUGUCUUUUCGAGGUAAUAGCAACUCUCUUCGUUAUAAGCUUCAGUACACCAGAAUUUGUUGCUGUGAUCGUACCAAUAGGAUUUAUUUAUUACUUCAUACAGCGUUUUUAUGUCGCCACUUCGCGACAAUUAAAACGUUUGGAAUCUAUAUCAAGAUCUCCUAUAUACUCACAUUUUAGUGAAUCUGUAACUGGAGCUCAAACAAUUAGAGCAUUUGGUGUACAAGAAAGAUUUAUACAUGAAUCAGAAAGUAAAGUAGAUUUUAAUCAAAUUUGUUAUUAUCCUGGUAUAAUUGCAAAUAGAUGGCUUGCAAUACGUUUGGAGAUGGUUGGAAAUUUAAUUAUAUUCUUCUCAGCAUUAUUUGUUGUAUUAGGAAGAGAUACUAUUAGUGCUGGUUUCGUCGGAUUGUCUGUCAGUUAUUCUUUACAGAUUACACAAACUUUGAAUUGGCUUGUACGCAUGACCUCUGAUGUAGAAACAAAUAUUGUAGCAGUAGAAAGAAUAAAAGAAUAUGGCGAAACUCCCCAAGAAGCACCUUGGGUAGUUCCAGAAACUGCUCCUCCAAAAGAGUGGCCUGUAACCGGUCAAGUUGAAUUCAAGGAUUACAAAGUCCGUUAUAGAGAAGGAUUAGAUCUUAUUCUCCAUGGUUUAACAUUUACUAUUAAGGGAGGAGAAAAAGUUGGUAUCGUUGGUAGAACCGGUGCUGGCAAAUCUUCCUUAACAUUAUCAUUAUUUAGAAUACUUGAAGCAGCAGGUGGAAAAAUUAUUAUCGAUGGUGUUGAUGUUGCUAAAUUAGGUCUUCACGAUCUUAGAUCUAAAUUGACCAUCAUACCGCAAGAUCCAGUAUUAUUCUCUGGCACUUUGAGAAUGAAUUUAGAUCCAUUCGAUCAACACACGGACGAUGAAGUAUGGAGAGCGCUGGAACAUGCUCAUCUUAAAUCUUUUGUGCAAAAUCUACUUAAUGGCUUGUUGCAUGAAGUAUCCGAAGGGGGUGAUAAUCUCAGUGUGGGCCAACGACAAUUAAUAUGUUUAGCACGAGCCCUUCUUCGUAAAACCAAAGUUCUUGUAUUAGAUGAAGCAACAGCUGCGGUUGAUUUAGAAACAGAUGAUUUAAUUCAAAGAACAAUUAGGGAAGAUUUUAAGGAUUGCACAGUUUUAACAAUAGCACAUAGGCUUAACACAAUUCUGGACUCUGAUAGAGUUAUUGUACUGGAUAAAGGACUCAUUAUUGAAUAUGAUGCUCCUGAAGUGCUGCUACGAAAUUCAUCUAGUGCAUUUUAUAGCAUGGCAAAAGAUGCAGGUCUGGUAGCUUAAUAAUUACAUGUACAUCACGAUAAUUUGAUAGACUAUCAAAUUAAUCAAAUAAAACAAAGGUUUUAUUAAAUAAAUCCUCCCAUCGAAGGAAAAAUUCAUUGAUAAAGCUGUGAACAAAUUAUAAUCAUUAUAAUUUACACUAUACUCUAUCUAUAUAUAUGUAUAUAUAGAUAGAUUUAUAGGUAAAUAUUUUUUAAGGAAAAUUAAACAUCACAAAUACAUACACAUACUUAAUCAAUGUCAAGCACAGCUUAAUUUUUAAAAUAGUUUAGAUACAUGUUUGUUAUUUAAAAUUACUGCCAUUUUUAGUAGUGCAUGGAUGAUGCACUUAAUGGGGAAAAAACAUCUACUUAUAGAAACAAUUAUUGCUAUAACAUUCUUCUUUAUGUUUUAGCACAAAAGAUAAUUAUUUUCAGUAUUAAUGUUAUUUAUUAUUUAUGUUUACAAAUCUUGCAGCAGUUAAUUUCUAAGAAAGAUUUGUUCAACAUUGAAUUUUAAACUAAACAAAUUCCUAUAACAUACAAAAAUAGUAUAUUUAAUUCCGUUAUAUAAAUUAAAGUUCAUUUGUCAAAUUUCUUAUAUAUAUAUAUAUAU